ACUGUUCUGUGGUGUUGAGUGUUGACUGUUGACUUGUUGAGUGAUUCGUAAAGGACUUUUUCAAUUUCCUUGAAAAAAUAAAGGAAUUUCCAGUUUACUAAUAAUAUUUAUUUAAUAAUUUUUGUCAAUAGUUUUCUUCUUCAAUCUAUUGAAAAUCGUAUGCUAUAAAAAUCUUUAAACUUAGUUCAUUAUUGUUUAUGUUUAAUCUCCAUCAAAAUACUUUACAAUGGAAGGUGACGAACUUGGGGGCGAAUUAGUGAGAUUAGAAAAUGGAUUCAUAGUGGACGAAGAGACCUAUGUAGUUAAGUCAGAUGAUUGUCUAGAUGCUGAUGGUAAUAACUCAGAUUCCAACAGUGGGUACAAAAACACACCACUUCGAGAACAGGAUAGAUUUCUACCAAUCGCAAAUAUAGCAAAGAUAAUGAAGAGAGCUAUUCCUGAUAAAGGAAAAAUUGCAAAAGAUGCCAGAGAAUGUGUGCAAGAAUGCAUAUCAGAAUUUGUUUCAUUCAUAACAAGCGAGGCCAGUGAAAGGUGUAAAAUGGAGAAACGGAAGACUAUAAAUGGAGAGGAUAUUUUGUUUGCAAUGAAUUCUCUAGGCUUUGACAAUUAUGUUGAACCCCUAAAAAUAUAUCUUAAGAAGUAUAGAGACUUCAUUUUAUCACCGGUGUCUGUGAAUAAAAUAAAUAAAACAAUUGUGGUAUAUGGACAUGACAACAUACCAAUUCCAUGUGAGAGUGAAAAUGAAACACAAACAGAAACUAUUAUCUAUGGUUAUCCAUAAACUUGCAAAGGUGUGGCAACAUAUUGUUUAUGAUUUUUUUAUAUUAUGUAAGUAAUUUUAACAAGAAAUAUACGAUUUAAAAAAGUU